AUGUAUAUCGACCAGUUUCUCGACGAAGCCCUCCGCCUUUUGAGGAGCGAGGGUGGUGGUGCGGUCGCUCCUGGUAGCCGCGGCGGCGAUGGCGGUCGUGGCGGUGGGAAGGGCAGCAGGCACCGUGGCAAGCGUGGAUCCAAGAAGAAGAAGGAAGAGGAGAAGAAGAAGAGGGAGAUGCUGGCCUUGGGCCUUAAACAAGAGGAAGAAGAAGAAGAAGAAGAGAAAAAAGAGGAGAAGGGGGAGGAGGAAGAGGAAGACAAGAAGAUGGAUCUCCCAUGA